CCGCGUUAGCUAGAAAUACAAAGGCAUCUGACAUUAAUAUUGCACUUUCGUGUUGUGUUAGCUAUAUCUUUGGCAGUGAAUUUAGGCGACUGAAGCUCGCUUCAUUUGUAAACUUAGGUUUGCAAAAGCUCCUGAUAAGCUUCUGCCAGUUGACAUGUCUGCUGAAUUUCCUGGUUAUGCAUUCUGACUUGGGAACUUAUUGGAAGCAGCUGCUCUUGCUUCUGCUCCGCCCCACUGCUCUUUUGAUUUGGUUAAUAGAGUGGGUUCUGAGCCUAUACAUAUUAUCAUAUCAAAUGAUUGGCACAAGGCACAUAUCUUUCCAAACCGUUACAAAUACAGCAUCCCACAAUCUAGCUAGCAGAAAGGAUUAUUAUGGAAGAGGAAGGUCAGCUACACUAUGGAUUUCACGAGGAAAAAUUGCAGACAUCGCUGGAGUCAUAAUGUUUGUGGGGGGCAUGGAGACUGAGAGAAACAUCAAUAGAGUAAACAUAACUCUGCUGGACGGCAGGCUCGCAAAACUACGAGUAACCCUAUGGGGAGUAAAGGCAACACAAUUUGAGAUGAACUUCAACCUUUACAGACGCAAGAAUGUUGUUCUGAUAAUUACCGGUUUACUGGUCACAAAAACUCAAGGUAUAAUCCACCUAACGUCCACACAAGCAACAACAAUAUUCUACAACCCUCAGUAUAAUGAGGUGCGUGAGCUUGCACAAAACAUUGCGAAUACAUUCGGUGAAUUCAUAUGCCCAGUGCCGUGCACCGUGGUAUCCCAACAAACAGGAGAGCAAAACAUGCAACCACCGUACCUAGCUUUGAAAGAGCUAAGGGCUUCUAGGUUAUGGGUCCAUCAGAAGUUUCGCACAAACGGGGACAUAAUUGAUCUCGUCAUCCAUAAAAGAAAGCUUCCUGCCUUUUGUAUUGGCUGCACCGCAGAUGAGUCAACAUAUGGGGAUAAAUUUCAUUGUGCAAAAUGCGGUAGGAACUCACAAGCCCCAUUACACACCCACAGCUUAGCAUUGGUAGUUAGCGACACAAGCGGAUAUGCAAAACUUAUACUCAAGCCUUAUGAGGUACAUCAAUUAACAGGAUCCUCUCCAAAUGAAGUGUAUAAAAGACGAAGAGUGGUCAACAAAAAGGCUACAUUGCCCGCUGCCAUGGAAAUCCUACGUGGCAGCCAGUGUUCAUUCGUAGUAAAGCUCACACCAUUUCCUUAUACAAAUGCCAAGGGAGAGAUUGAGGUCGUAAGUGUCAUCCACUAUACAAAAAUUAUUGCUCCAUGACGACAUGAUUGAGAACACAUUAAAGGCUUUUUCAAAAGGCCCUGCAAAUAUUAGCAUAUCAAUUUUGCUUUGUAUGCAUAUAUGAAAAGACAAAAUCUCUUUUCGUCUUUACUCAUGGCAGAAUUCAAUGUUCAGAGCAUGCACCAUUCACCAUCUUAGAUUAUGCUUUCAUUGACCCAACAAUAACUAAAAUACUACGUAUAAGACAUCAUAUCU